CCAGCUACAGUAUUUGUCAUCACUAGGUCACAAUUGUUCGCUUAAACGAAAUUUGAAUUGUCAGAAAAUUCCAUCAAAAUGCCUGGAACGCAAAUUGCAAGCGACAGCGACAUGGAGACCGCUCUGGAGGAGUUCAAGCAGCGCCAGGGACGCCGGAACAGUAUCGGCUCGGCCACGUACACGUGCAGCAUGCCCAAAUGCGAGGCCACCUUCAAGCGGCUGGACCAAUUGGAUCGCCACGAAUAUCACCACACUGGGAUUAAGAAGCACGCCUGCUCCUACGAGGGCUGCGACAAGACGUACUCCAUUGUAACGCACUUGAAGAGGCAUCUGCGGAGCACCCACGAGCGUCCGGAUUCGGCGGCCAUGAAGACGGUGAAGUGCGCGCUGGAGGAAUGCAGCAAGAUGUUCAUCUCGGUCAGCAAUAUGACCCGUCACAUGCGCGAGACCCACGAGAGCCCACGCGUCUAUCCCUGCAACCACUGCAGUGCCAAUUUCUCGCAGAAGCUCAAGCUGAAGCGCCACGAGAUCAGGGAGCACACGCUGGAGUAUCCCUUCAGCUGCUCGAAGUGCUCGCGCGGCUUCUUCCAGGAGUGGCAGUGCCAGAGUCACGAGCCCAGCUGCAAGCUGUACGAGUGUCCCGGUUGCCCGUUGAAGUUCGACAAGUGGACGUUGUAUACGCAGCAUUGCCGCGACACGUUGCACGGAAAGAAUCGUCACAAGUGUGACCGGUGCGAGAGCGCCUUCGACAAGCCCAGCGAACUGAAGCGUCACCUCGAGGUGAAGCAUAAGGAGGCGGCGGACAAAGAUGCGGGCGCCUCCUCGUUCACCUGCAACGAGGAAGGCUGCGGCAAGAGUUACUCGUACCUCAGGAAUCUCCGCCAGCACAUGCUCACUGCCCACUCGGGCAGGCGUUUCGAGUGCCAGGCCCUGGACUGCGGCCGCUGCUUCAGCAGCGCACAGAAUCUUUCCAAGCAUCUGCUCAGGGAUCACAAGGAUGGCAAGAAGAAAAAGCAAGAAGACUUGAAAGCUAAAAAGGAUAAGAGUAAGAAACUAGAAGGGGGCAAACUUAAAUCCACUUCACGCAAGCGACGUCGCGAUGCCGGACGCAGCAAACACUCGAGGCUCUCCAAACUGGCCUGCCUGCAACUGGACAAGGAGGAGGACGAGGCGGUGCGUGAACGACAGCCCUUGGCCCUCGAAAAGAUCACCCAGUCGCUGAAGGAAGACCCCAUUGACGAGCUGCUGGCACAGACCCUGCAGGAUGAAGAGGACGUGGAGCAGGAGUAGGCCAAAAUGCCAUUAAUUAAGGAAGCGAGUAAGAAGAUCUAGUCCAAACCCACAAAAUAUCGAUAUAAAUAACGUAUAGUAGCUACAAGAGGCUACAAAAUGCAGUGCGAAUGACUUUAAGCUAUUAUAAAUCUUUCAAAGAAACAACAAUUGCUUUAAAAUAAAUGUAACUACGCACUGAAUGUUUAGUAAAUAAAUUAGGAGCAUCCUUAUAGCAAGCUAUUAUUAUUAGUCGCCGCCUGGAGCGAAUUACUUUUUAAUCAGAAAUUUAUUUACGUUAAGAUCGUAGGUAUCACAUUCCUUGACUUAAACCAAUAAAUCCUUGUUUAUAUGCAA